AGAGAGCUGCUCCCAGUAGGUGCUUCCUAAGAUGAAAAAACAAAAUAAUUUAGUAGGGAAGUCCUCACCCAGGACAGAACCUCCAGGCUCAGGUGAAUGGAAAGAGUAAUUUGCUGACAGAAAGAAAGCCAAGCUGUCGGGAUGGGGUGUUGGAUUUUGAAUGAGAGCCUCUCCAUCAUAUUAGCACUCUCGUGGCUGGGAGUGAAUUUAUAUCUGUUUAUCGACACAUUCUGUUGGUAUGAAGAGGAGGAGUCAUUUCUGUACACGCGAGUCAUGCUGGGUUCAGCACUGGCCUGGGCACGAGCGUCCGCAGUGUGUCUGAAUUUUAACUGCAUGCUGAUUUUAUUACCAAUCAGUCGAAACCUUAUUUCAUUCGUGAGAGGGACAAGUACUUGUUGCCAAGGCCUAUGGAGUAGACAAUUAGACAAAAACCUCAAAUUCCACAAACUUGUUGCCUAUGGGAUAGCUGUUAAUGCAACCAUCCACGUUGUGGCGCAUUUGUUCAACCUGGAGCGCUACCACUGGAGCCAAUCCCCGGAUGCAGAGGGACUUCCGGCCGCUCUCUCCAAACUUGGCAGCACCCCAAAUGAGAGCUACCUUAACCCCAUCCGGACCUUUAGCACGAACAUAACUACUGAGCUGCUAACUACAAUAGCAGGUGUAACUGGCCUGGUGCUCUCUCUGGCUUUAAUCCUGAUCAUGACCUCUUCAACUGAGUUCAUCAGACAAAUCUCCUAUGAGUUGUUCUGGUACACACACCAUGUUUUCAUCAUCUUCUUUAUCAGUCUGGCUGUCCAUGGGGCAGGCGGGAUUGUCCGAGGCCAAACUCCUGAGAGUCUAUCCGAGCACAACACCACCUUCUGUAGGGACCACUAUGGCGAAUGGGAGGCGGCUGCCCAGUGCCCUGUGCCUCAAUUUUCUGGCAAGGAACCAUCGGCUUGGAAAUGGGUUUUAGGCCCUGUGGUUUUGUAUGCGUGUGAAAGAAUAAUCAGAUUCUGGCGAUUUCAACAAGAAGUUGUCAUUACCAAGGUGGUAAGCCAUCCCUCUGGAGUCCUAGAGCUUCAUAUGAAAAAACGAAACUUCAAAAUGGCGCCGGGGCAGUACGUCUACUUACAGUGCCCUUCCAUAUCUGCCCUAGAGUGGCACCCCUUCACACUCACCUCAGCCCCCGAGGAGGACUUCUUCAGUGUGCACAUCCGGGCUGUGGGGGACUGGACUGGGGCUUUUUUUAAGGCCUACGGAGCAGAGGGACAGGCCCGCAAGGAGCCCUGCCGGUUGCCAAGGCUGGCGGUGGACGGGCCAUUUGGAGCCGCACUCACAGACGUGUUCCAUUAUCAGGUGGGCAUGUGCAUUGCCGCAGGAAUAGGAGUCACUCCCUUUGCUGCUCUUCUGAAAUCUAUAUGGUACCAAUGCCGUGAGCCACAAACCAAGCUGAAGCUGAGCAAGGUGUAUUUCUACUGGAUUUGCCGGGAUGCAAAGGCUUUUGAGUGGUUUGCUGAUCUCUUACUCUCGCUGGAAACACAAAUGAGUGAGAGAGGAAAAGCUCACUUCCUGAGUUAUCAUAUAUAUCUUACUGGCUGGGAUGAAAAUCAGGCUAUUCACAUAGCUUUACAUUGGGAUGAAAAUACUGACGUGAUCACGGGCUUAAAGCAAAAAACAUUCUAUGGAAGACCCAACUGGAACAACGAGUUCAGACAGAUAGCCUAUAAUCAUCCCAGCAGCAGCAUCGGUGUGUUCUUCUGUGGACCCAAGGAUCUCUCAAAGACACUUCAAAAGAUGUGCCGCUUGUAUUCAUCAGCUGACCCCAGGGGUGUCCAAUUUUAUUACAACAAAGAAAGCUUCUAGACUGUUUAGACAAAGCCCAGGUAUUGUGUAGGUGGCUACUAUCAUAUAGGCCAGGAGUUGGAAAACUUUUUUCUGUAAAGGGCCAGAUAAUAAAUAUUUUAGGCUUUGGGGGUCCUACGAUCUCGGUCACAACUAAUACAUCCGUGGUCCCUAUCCCCGUAAAACCUACUAAAAAUUCAAG